AUAAUAUUGUAUUCUGAAUGAAAUUUCAGAGGAUCUUCAUUCAAAUACUGCAAUUAACCAGAUGAAGUUUUUCCUAUUGAGUAUUCGUUGCAUUUAUAUAAUUAAGAUUAUCAUUCUAGAUGACCGAUGCUUUAGAGGGAAAUAAAGUCUAUGUUAAUGAAUCAGGAUUGUAUUCCAUCUGGCUUACAUUUACCAGAACCUCAACUCUAAGAAGUUUAAGAGCCUGGUAACAAUUGGUUUAGUGAAUUAAAAGAUUCUGAAAAAACCAUUUUAGAUGGAGGUGAUUUGUCAACACGAUCAGUAAAUUUUCUUAUGAUUAUUUAAUCAGGUAGAGAACAAUAUUAAAAAUUGGUUGAAGAAGAUGCUUAGAGAUCCUAUUAAAACUUAAGUUGGAUAAUCCAAUUUUGCAUUUCAAGAGAAGAACAACCAUAAUAAACAGGAAACGUUAUUGUUUUUGCCCAAAGAGCUACUUACCUAGCAGUUGCAUAAUAUUUUUUAAGUGUAGCUUCAUUUUUACCAAUAAAAUUAUAAUAUAAAGUAUCAAAAAGAUCAGUACAUUUAUAAAUUAAUUUUUCUAUUUUAAUUUCAGAUUUAAGUGA